AUGGCCGAGCCUGAGCAGUCGUCCGCCUCGGAAGAUGCGCCGCUGACGCACCUUCCCUUUCCUCCUGUCACAAAGCAGCACGUCCUCAACUGUUCUUUCCACUCGUGGCAUCCCAGAUACCGCAAAAUCACGCCCAAGGCUCGUCUGAUACCGCUCUCGCGACCCUUCCUGAACUACCUGCGCGCCGACGGUAUUAUCUUGCCCCCCGACGAAGAAGCUUCCCAACGCGACUGGUCCGACGACGACAGCGGUAUCUUUUCCUCGACCGAAACCCCGGACGAGGAUGGCGACGGCGACGAGGAUCCCUCGAGAGAAUGGCCCGAGAUUCACAACGCCAUACGAGACAUCAUUGUAGAGCUUGGCGGGAAGGUGUGCCCCAAGCUAAACUGGUCGUCGCCAAAAGACGCAACAUGGAUCAACGCCACAAACACCAUGGACUGUCGGACACCAGGCGACAUAUACAUGAUGCUGAAGAGCUCCGACUUCAUCACUCAUGAUCUCGAGCAGGCCUUCGCCGACACCGAGGAUGCUCCUGCUGUCGAGGGGGAUCGGACGAUUGCAAGCGAGUCCGAGGUGCCGUACCACCUGGUCCUGCGCAAGUUCUUCAUGAUAAACCCCUCGGUCGAGUUCCGCUGCUUCGUAAGGAACCGACGGCUGCUCGCAAUCACACAGCGCGAUCCCAAUCACUAUGAGUUCCUGGGCCCGAUGGUUGACCAGCUGCGUAGGGUCAUCAAUGCCCUGUUCGAAGAUCAUCUGCGCGACGGCUUCCCCGAUCCAAACUUUGCGUUUGACGUCUACGUCCCGCCCAAGUAUGACAAGGCAUGGCUGAUAGACAUCAAUCCCUGGGCUCAGAGGACGGAUCCAUUGCUCUUCAGCUGGCUCGAGCUCCUUACCAUGGACGGACCUGAGCAUCUCGAAGAGACGAUGAGAAAGGAAAAGGAAGAGGAAGAGAGGGAGGGGUUUGUGCGACUGCAGCUGCGGCCAGCCAACUCUGAACCAUCAGCUGCACAGCCUGACCCUGCAUCGAUACCUGCUGAAGAUGAUGACGAUGAUGAUGAUGCGAAGACAGCGACCCCGGACUCGGAUGACGAGGCGGAUGAAGAAAUAUGGAUUCCCGAAUUGCGACUUGUCAAGAGAGAUGACCCAGAAGCCUAUUCGUUUGCUUCCCCGGCCUACAGCGCCCACAAGCUGCCUAAGGAUGUUGUCGAUGCUAGCAACGCCGGCGAAGGCGGGAUGCGCGAGUUCGCGGAGAAGUGGAAGGAAAUCCUUGCCAGGGAGCAAGAGGCAGAUAGAAAUUACUCAAGCUCAGAGGAUGGCGCGUAG